AUGGUGGUUAAGAGUAAGCUGGAAUCCGAGCAUAUUAAUGAUCUCGGGGAUAUCUUUGGGUUCUUGAGGAGACACAAACUGCGACUUAAUACUUCUAAAUGCUCUUUUGGCGUCGGAUUAGGGAAGUUCUUGGGGUACAUGGUUACCCAUCUCGGAAUUGAAGUCAACCCUGACCAAAUUAAAGCAAUUAACAACUUACAGCCACCUCAAAAUCCCAAAGAGGUCCAGAAGUUGACAGGAAUGACUGUUGUUCUAAACCGAUUCAUUUCUCGGUUAGCAGAUAGGUGUAGGCCUUUCUUCCAGUUGUUGAACAAGUGGAAGGGAUUUGAAUGGAUCAAGGAGUGCAUCUUGGCCUUUCAACAGUUGAAGGAAUACCUAUCUCGGCCACCCAUUAUGUCAAGGCCAAAGGUGGAUGAGGUGCUAUUUGCUUACAUUGCUGUGGCUUCCCAUGUAGUGAGCUUGGUGCUUGUACGAGUUGAUGGUGGUAUACAGAGGCUAGUUUAUUAUGUGAGUAAGCCACUACAUGAGGCCGAGGUCUGUUACCUACCACUAGAGAAGGCCAUUUUAGCAGUGGUGCAUGCUACGCGUAAGCUUCCCCACUAUUUCCAAUCCCAUACAAUUGUUGUUUUAACUCAACUUUCGCUUAAAUUACUUCUUCGGAGUGCUGAUUACACUGAAAGGAUUGCCAAGUGGUGUACAAUAUUAGGGGCUUUUAAUAUAAAGUACAUGUCUCGCACCUCUGUCAAGGGUCAGGUCCUUGCUGCUUUGAUGGCCGAGUUUGCUGAAUCCCCAUUAGAAGAGGAAAUGGAAAAGCAGGACAUGGAUGGAAAAUCGGUUGGGUUAGUCUCCUUACAAGAACCUUUAUCCUGGAGGGUAUAUGUUGAUGGUGCAGCGAAUCACAGAAGAUCUGGAGUAAGGCUAGUUUUGAUAUCUCCCGAGAGGAUCAUAAUUAAGAAAUCCCUGAGAUUAGGCUUCUCGGCCACAAACAAUGAAGUUGAGUAUGAAGCUCUGUUGGUAGGAAUGACCAUGGUUCAGAAAAUGGGUGGAAAAGUAGUGGAAAUAUUCUCAGAUUCAAGACUGGUUAUGGGCCAAGUUCAGGGAGAGUUAGAGGCCAGGGACAUGAGAAUGAAAGAAUACUUAAGUCAGGUUAGGCAUUUACAGUCAGGGUUUGAGUCUUUCAAUUUACAGCACAUUCCUAGAAGUGGAAACACCCAUGCCAAUUCUCUGGCCAUGCUUGUAAUCUCCUCAGCACAAAGCCUGCCUCGGGUUAUCCUUGUUGAAAAUUUUUGUAAGCGUACUGAGAUGAAGAAUGAGGUGGUCCAUAUCCAUCAAAUUAAGGUCGGACCUAGCUGGAUGGGCUCUAUAGUAUUGUUCCUAGAGGAUAUCUUACUUGAAGAGAAGUUAGAGGCCGACAAGAAGGAAGCACAAGAAUAUGUGAAGAAAUGUGACCAGUGCCAAAGAUUUGCUCCAAACAUUCAUCAACCAGGGAGAGUCCUUAAUCCUCUAUCUAGCCCUUGGCCUUUUGCUCAAUGGGGCUUGGAUAUUGUUGGACAUUUCCUUAAGGCAGUAGGGAAUAAGAGAUAUUUACUAGUCAGCACGGAUUACUUCACCAAGUGGAUUGAAGCUGAACCAUUGGCAAUUAUCAGGGACGUGGAUGCCAAGAAAUUUGUUUGGAAAAACAUUGUCACUCGGUUCAGGAUCCCCAAUACCCUCAUCUCGGACAAUGGUCUCCAGUUUGAUAGCAAAGCCUUCAGGAGGUACUGUUGUGACCUAGGAAUUAUGAAUAGGUAUUCCACCCCAGCUUAUCCAUAA